CAGCUACCGGUACUCCACCUUAAGUACCUAAGUACAAUCAUCACCUUACCUCCGAUGACCUCACACGAUGGCCCAGGCUUAAUGCUGUUGCUCACUCCUUCGUCGUUGUUCUCAAAUCACACGCGCCUACGUGCAUUGUAUUCUUGGGCCUUGGUAAUCAGACGCGGACGCUGACAAAAUGUCAAACGAUAAAGGCUCCAAUGUGCCACAUUGGGAAGGCAACAAUGACGAAACCCCUACUCAUCACCCGCCUUGGCCGUUCGUAGACCCUUUUUUACAGGGUCGCUUCGAAAAGAGAUUUAUAGCAGAAGGAGAGACCUUGAACUUUGACAACCUGCCGAAACUGCAGUUUUGGUCCUCAUGGGCCGGCAUCGAUGAUAGGAUAUCCACUCCCUACAUUCUCUCAAGGCUUCAGACUCACGCCAUCGCAAUUCAGCGUCCUUUGACCGGCAUCGAAGCCAACGCCGUCGCGGAACAUUCUAUACACGGCCUUCGCUACCUCAGUUGGAUACAGCCCGUGGCCUCGGCCAUCGCUUUAGGCAUAAGUGUAUCCAAGAGACGCACUUUCUCAUUUCCCUUCUAUCGGCCCAAGAUGCAAAAGUUCGAUCCUUAUUCCUUCCCCACCAAGAAGUUCCAAAUUCUUAAAGGCCAGCACGCUGCUAGAGUAUGGCAUGUUGUACGCUUCAUAGCCUAUUAUCCUUUUGCUUUCGUCCCAUCAAUUUUAUUUUUCAAUUCCAUGUGCGAGAACUCUCAGGUAGCACACACGAAAAGAGACCCGCGUCUUCAAAGCAUGGUACAAGAGAUCCGCCAGAACGCCCCUCGACUGCUCCAUAUGCGCGCCAGGAACCAACCGAUUGACAUGCCUGGCGACGCAGGAUACACAGGGAACUCCCCGCAUCAAGAUAAUGAGAACACCGGCUACUCUAGUCGACCGACUCCUGAAAGUCUUGGUUCACUCCCCCGGGUUUCUAACUCGGCUCGGAGUCCACCACCUGGACGUGGUGAUACUGAUGAUCUCUUUGACGAUGAUGAUGCUUCGCCGGUAGCACUCUCAGCUAGAAGGCAAGAGACAAGGCAAGGACAAAUCAGCUCACCCGGUUCAUCUUGGGAUCGUAUAAGACAACAAGCAAAAUCUGGUAGUCCUGAUUGGGAAAGGGGUGACUCAUCUGGACAAGAACGAGGAUGGGGGCGGCUCCGGCAAGACAAAUCACAAGACACGCGAGAUUCAGAUCCCAGGACCGAUAGCUACUCUUAUUCCCCUGAAGAUGAGGAGAGAGAGAAGCGUAAUUACGAGAAGGAGCAGGCCCAGAAGGAGUUUGAUGCGGUGCUUGAAGCUGAAAGGCGUGGUGAGGGCGAUAGCAAAAUCAGUCGCGGCUGGCGAAGAUGAAUGCGACUGUAUCAGAUAAGGCAAAUAAUCUGAACACAAUCCCAUUUAGAUUCAGAUCGAUGUACCAUAUAUAACACGGCAUUGUAUCAUCGGGGAUUUGUGAGUUACGUCUCUAUCUAGCGCUUCGGACCAUUCGAAACAGCUUAUAUUGGAUGGGUA